UCCCAGCUAACGAGCGGAUGCCCCAGGACCAGCCACGAUGACAACAUGCGAAGGAGCGACGCUUCAGCAGACGAUAACCCGCUGGAAGAAUCGUCGAUUACUGGGUACUUUGAUCAGAUUCGUCGUGUUCCUUCUCGUCGCGAUACCAGCCUCUUUGGCGGUAUCGGUGCUGCUGAGCAAAGGGGAGUCCCAAAAGAUCCCGGAUGACCCCUGGAAGCCCUUGGCUGCUCCUCCCUGCGGCCGGCCCUUCCUCGGCCUCUGUCCGCAGUCCCUUGAUACGAUCCUUCUCGCGGAGUUUCUGAAUGGGACAAAGAUAUCGAGGAAGAAGGAAAGAGAGACGCUGAGUAAUACCAAAAGCUCCUGGGGACAAGGUAUUCCUGCUUUCAUGGCCCCUUCCAACACCCCAAUAAAGUACCUCAUCGUCGAGGAAUAUUUUUGCAGGGUGGCUGACGUCGAGGUCAUCAUCUACGUUCACACGGCACCCAGAAACAUGCAGCGCCGGGACGUCAUUCGGGCCACGUGGGCAAACCCGCGCUGGUACCCAAUGGUCAGACACAAGGUGAUCUUCGUAAUCGGUCAACCCCGAGAGGUCGCGCUCCACAACAAGCUGAGGGAGGAGAGCGUGACAUACCACGACAUAGUGGUGGCCGACUUCGUAGACUCCUACAGGAACCUGAGCUACAAGGCGCUGACGGCCAUGCACUGGAUCAGGGAGUACUGCCAAGGAGCCAAGUACAUCGUCAAGACGGAUGACGAUGUCUUUAUCAACAUCUUCGCCCUCGACAGAUUCCUCAACCACGCCGUACAAGCUGUCGACCGACAACGAGGCACUGAGAGUUCGAAGCAGCAGAAGGAGGAGAAAUCAGGAAAGAGUCCUGAGCACAAGGAGUUCAGCAGCGGGAAAGCCAUGCUGGAGGAGGCGUCGAAGAGACUGAAGCGAGCGAGGCCGGAGAUCCAGUGCUUGGUGUGGGAGGGCAUGACCGUCCUUCGCGACAAGAAGUCCAAGUGGUACGUGGACCAGCGCGAGUAUAGCAACCGCACGUACCCGCCGUACUGCUCCGGCAACGCCUUCCUCAUGACGUGGUCGACGGCGCACGCCCUCUUGCACGCCAGCACCACCACGCCAUUCCUGUGGGUGGACGACGCCUACCUCACGGGUGUGCUGGCCAAAGCGGCAAAAGUCAACUUCGUCAAGAGGAACAGUCUGUACGAACUCAACGGCAACAAGUUCGUGGAGUCGUUGAUCAAAGGCGAGAAGGUGUUCCUGCACCAUCCGCAGCACGACCCGGCGACCACGAGGGAGAUGUGGAACGUCCUGCUCAACAAGGAAACGAAGAAUAACUUCCUGAACCACAUACACGAGUCCCAGUGAGGUCUCCGGGGCGGUGCGCUGUCCAUUUGCUCAAUAACUGUAAGGAUUCUAACAGAUACAAUGACAUGAAGAUCCUGACUGGAAUGGGAAAGCAAAGAUCAUACUAAGCUACAGCUACGACAGAAUGACCCAUUUAAUGAUCAUCCUAAGCAGUGUAAUAGUGAUGCCAUACUUACGCAGAGUGACACUGUAAUGUUAUACCUCCUAAGAAGAUUAAGAAAAUAUCCAAAAAGAUUUUUACUGUGUAUCGUGACACUGACAAAACUAUUAUUUUUAAUGAAUGACCAACGACUUGCAUUCCGUGUGCUUUGUAAAGGAGGAAACUUUUUCUUCGAAAACGAGUGUGCUUUCAACGUUCAUAGUUAUAUUAGUACCAAUCGCUGACUAAUAAUUUUGACAGUUAUGGCGAAUUUGUAAUGCUAAUCAAAAUAAUGAUGAAUGUGGUGCUAAUUUUAAAUAAAAGGUGAUUAAAAACAA